AUGACAACUCCAGAUGCCUUUCGAGAUGCGGAGUACAUCGCUGACGUGUCCGGCAUAUCUUAUGGAAGCGUCGCGAACCUCACCGAGCAAGAUGCUAAUGUGUUGCCUCGCGAGAAUGAGCGCAUGAGAAAGCUGCAGUCGGCUGCCAAGGUCGCGUUCAUUGAUCGUUUACUUCGCGACCUUGAUAUCCUGAUUUACUGCGAGCUAUCUGCGCUCUAUUACAUGGAUUGCUCAGUCAUACUCUUCGCAAUCCGUGCUAUAGUGCAGUUGAUAUUCUUCACCCCCAAAGCCCCUCCUUUUGAUCCGACGCGGAAUCAACCCUUCAUCGGAGCCAUCUUCGUCAGUAACAUCUUUUGUAUGAUCUUCCACAACUUCUUCAGCCGUCCCGAGGCCGGCGAAGCUACUAGAGGGUAUCUUCAUGGAGGGUUGUUGAUCGAUUUCAUCGGACAAAAAGCCCCCAUUUCGCUAUUUCGGCUAUUGUUGCUCGAUUUUCUUGUGCUGAUUCUCGAUCUCGUCAUGCUGGGUCUCAUAGUCGAAAGAGUGAGAACAACAGGGCAAACGACCCCUACUUCUACAGAAACGCCCAGAGUACAAGACCAUGACUCGGAGGAAAGAGGCGUCCAUAGGACUCGACCCGAAUCGCGGUCUUCCGGUGAUGGUGCUGAGCUUGAUGAGACCGACGGCCAUGUUACCCAUGCAAAUGCCAGUGUAGAUGAACAGGCGGAACAUACACAAUUAUUGGCAGACCCGUCAGAGGGUGGCCAUACGCCUGGUGCGAAGAAUAGCCACCCUCUGGACACAUUCUCCUCAGGAGAGGCUGUGAUCAUGGAUCUUGGCUUCUUUGAUGUCAUACGUGACCAGUGGAAAUAUAGUACGACUACUCCGCCGGCAGGAACAUCUUCGUACAUACCGUCCGACCAGACGGCGGCUUUUCUACGAGCAAGAUUUGGACUGCAGGUCGGGCCUGACGGUCGUGUUCAGCGGAUAGAAUCCUGA